AGAGAGGAUAGGAUAGGAUAAAUAGUUAGGGAGUCAAGUAGGCUUUUUUGGGGAUAGAGGGACUUGAACCCUCACGAUUUUUAAAGUCGACGGAUUUUCCUCUUACUAUAAAUUUCAUUGUUGUCGGUAUUGACAUGUAGAAUGGGACUCUAUCUUUAUUCUCGUCCGAUUAAUCAGUUCUUCAAAAGAUCUAUCGGACUAUGGAGUGAAUGAUUUGAUCAAUGAAUAUUCGAUUCUUUUCUUUCUUCAACUUGGAAUCGAUUUACAACAAUUCUUUCAUUUUUCAUAUCAAAAAAUACAGAUUCGAGCCAUCAUUAAUCAUUUGAUAUAAUAUUUCAGUACCUAUGUAUAUAGGUUUAUCCUUCAUCCUUUCUGGUUCUGGAGUUUUGAUGGAAGGAUUCGUUUAACAACGCAACAUAGUCAACUCCAUUUGUUUUUGUUAGAACAGCUUCCAUUGAGUCUCUGCACCUAUCCUUUUUUUAUUAUCGUUUUCUGAACCCUUGGUUGUUUUCGGAAAACAGGAUUUGGCUCAGGAUUGCCCAUUUUUUAUUCCAGGGUUUCCCUGAAUUUGAAAGUUAUCACUUAGUAGGUUUCCAUAUUAAGGCUCAAUCCAAUUAAGUCCGUAGCGUCUACCAAUUUCGCCAUAUCCCCCCUUAAUUUUGUUUUGAGAUUUGAAUCUCUUUGUGAUGCCGCUCCCCUUUUCCUUUCAUUUAUGCUUAUGCUGGAACCUUUGAAUUCAUUAGAUACCGAUUCCUAAAAAGUCCUUCCUCCUUUUUUUCUUGCCUAUCUUCUUUCAUCUCAUCUCUCUUGGGGACCAUAUUUGUAUUUGGUCCAAUCAGAAAUGAUUCUAUCAUUUCUGUAUCUGCAAUUCAAUAUACAUGAGAUAUAUACCACACAUAUAUGCUUCCCUUCUUCUCAUCUUUCUCAUACAAUUUGAGAAUACUCGAACGGUCGAUUCUUUUUUUUGUCUUAGCUUCCACCUUUCCGAAUGAAAGCAGAGGAAUGUCUCAUUAUGAUCUGAAUUGCAUUUAUCUGGAUUGCAUCUUUCUAUUUCAUUUUUCUUAUCCUUUCCUUAGUCCUUAGAGCAGACCCUCUAUAACUAAAAUGGGAAUUCAUUAAUGAUUAUUUAAUGAUCACUAAGUAUUAAUAUAUUUAAAAAAUGAAAAAAUUAUAUUAUGGAAUUCUAAUGUAUAUGUAUAUUAGAAUAAUAAGAUUCUAAUCUAAUAAUUAGAUAGAGAAUUUCUAUCUUAUAUAGAAAAGUAUAUGAUAUAUGAUAUGUAAUCAUAUCCUAUAUGUAAUAAUAUUAUAAUAUAAAACAAUAAAAUAAAUUUCAAAUUUUAUUUGAAUUCAAAAAGAAAAAUGAAAAAAAAAAAGAAAACCUUACUAUCUAAUUAAGAUAUUGAUUAUUUUUAAACAUAUAAUUGAUAAAUAGAUCGAAAUUAUAUAUUGCUCUAUUCUAUUAAUCGUUAAUAUUCAAUAUUUUUUUUUGAAUCUAUAUUCUUUAUUCUUUUAUAUAUUCAUAUUAAUUGUGACUAGCUAAGAAGGAAUAGUUAAUAGCUAAGAUACCAGCAGUUUACUGAAUUUCUAUGCAUGUACAAUUUCUGGUGAGCCCGCUUAGCUCAGAGGUUAGAGCAUCGCAUUUGUAAUGCGAUGGUCAUCGGUUCGAUUCCGAUAGCUGGCUUUUCUCUAUUUGUUUGGUUAUUGAUAAUGUCUCUUUAAAAUCAAAGAAUAAAGAUUAUUCUCCUUUCUCCAAAACCGAUCUAUUAUGUCGUAGGAACUUACAACUAUGAAUCAAAAUAGAAGGAGUUAGAUCUCUGCAGAACAAAUCAAGAACAAUACAAAAGGGUCUGGAUAUUGAGACAAUUCAUCUCAUUAUUCUUUGUAGUACAAUACUUCAGUAGAUUUCGCUUCAUUUAUCAUUUAGUUCAGUUUUAAUUUAAGUUUUUCUGUAAAAUGAAAUUUCAAUAAAAUAAGGAGUCUUUAUGUCGCGUUACCGAGGGCCUCGUUUCAAAAAAAUACGCCGUCUGGGGGCUUUACCGGGACUAACUAGUAAAAGGCCUAGAGCCGGAAGUGAUCUUAGAAACCAAUCGCGUUCCGGGAAAAGAUCUCAAUAUCGUAUUCGUCUAGAAGAAAAACAAAAAUUGCGUUUUCAUUAUGGUCUUACAGAACGCCAAUUACUUAACUAUGUUCGUAUCGCCGGAAAAGCCAAAGGGGCAACAGGUCGGGUUUUACUCCAAUUACUUGAAAUGCGUUUGGAUAACAUCCUUUUUCGAUUGGGUAUGGCUUCGACUAUUCCUGGAGCCCGCCAAUUAGUUAAUCAUAGACAUAUUUUAGUUAAUGGUCGUAUAGUAGAUAUACCAAGUUAUCGCUGCAAACCCCGAGAUAUUAUUACGGCGGGGAAUGAACAAAAAUCCAGAGCUCUGAUUCAAAAUGUUUUUGAUUCAUCCUCCCAUGAGGAAUUGCCAAAACAUUUGACUCUUCACCCAUUCCAAUUUAAAGG